AUGUCAACAAGAGUUUUUUACUCCUUGCUGAGCCUUCUCCUAUUUCCAAUAUUUGGUGUUUCGUACACACACUUUAAAGAUCCACGUCUUCUUUCAACAAUUGGCCUCUCGAUUAUGUCAUACUUCUUAACUUUAUAUGCAAUUCCUCGCUGCAUGAAUGCACACCUUAGACGCAAUCUCGGAGGCAUAGAUAUUAACAAGGAGAAUGAUAAAGAGAAUCCAAAGAAGAUCCCAGAAUCAAUGGGUUUACAAUCCAGUUCUGCUUUCCUUUUCGCUUUAGUUAUUAUCGCAGCAUUUUCUAAUGAGAAGAAGGACCUUUAUCCAGCAUUAGUGUCUGUUGUUAUUACAACAUUACUUGGUUUUGCAGAUGAUGUCCUUGAUAUCCCAUGGAGAGUCAAAAUUGUUAUCCCAAUCUUCACAGUUCUUCCAUUGGUACUUGAUUACAAUGGUUCAACAACAAUUUGCCUCAAAGGAUUUCUUUUGCCAUUAAGAAAGAUCUUCAGAUUCCAGUGCAUUGAUAUUGGAUUCCUCUAUCAGAUCUUCAUUUGCCUCCUCACAGUUUUCUGCACCCAUUCAAUCAACAUUUACGCUGGAAUUAAUGGACUUGAAGCUGGUCAGUCAUUUAUUGUUGCCUGCUUCUUAUUAUUCCAUUCAUUAUACUACUGGAAUGUUGAUAAGCAAGCUCAGGCUGCCGCAACAAUCUUAAUUCCAUUCAUUACAUCGACAUAUGCUCUUUUACACUUCAACUGGUACCCAUCCAGAGUUUUCGUUGGCGAUACAUUUACAUUGACAGCAGGCACAACAAUCGCUGCCGCUGGAAUUCUCGGCCAUUUCUCCGAAAUGACUUUAUUAUUCAUGUUACCACAGAUCAUCAACUUCGUACUCUCACUUCCACAGCUCUUCGGAAUCAUUCCAUGCCCAAGACAUCGCCUUCCAAAGAGAAACCCACAAACAGGAAAACUUGAGGGAAUUAAGACAAACCUUAACGUUGUAAACUGGUGGCUUAUUUUGUUUGGCCCCAAGACAGAAGCCAGACUUUGCGUGGAACUUCUUUGCUUCCAGAUCUUCUGCUGCCUCAGCGCUUAUGCCAUCAAAUACUUCUACAACCACUCAUUGUUGCCAUAA